CCAGGCUGUCCCUUAAUUUAUCAGUAGGUACACCUCACUAGUGUCGUAUAGGUGCCAGUGUGCCAGCAAUGACAAUUUUCUAAAACUUGGCGAAUGGUCUUUGGGACCUACACGAUUAUUGCAUGUCGCCUACAAGCAUAAACGAUGACAUCCGUCACAAUACCUUCAAGCACUGGUCCACUACAUGGAGGUUACUCUUCAGCAAGGGAAGAACUAGCAGGCGGCGAAUCGGAUUUCGAAUCAGCCCGAAGCUCUAAGCGCUGCUUGAGCUUGCCAUCGACGUCAGAGUCCUGUAAGAAGCGGAGAAAACAGUCCACGCCCAUAAGAAUCUACAAUUCCGAAUCUCCCGAGUCUACAUCCGCCGACGAUGCAGAGUUAAAGUGUCCCUUGUGCCAACUGAAGUUUGAUUCGACAGAACAAAUGCAGAACCAUGUGGCUUGCGAACAUCAUCCGGCCGAGUUCAAACAAGAGCCUGAAGAAGAAAACCGAACGGCGUCUUUUGAGGAUGCUCCUCUUUGUUUGACAAUGCCGCGACCAGACAUGUGGACGGGGGAACUACCGAACAAGGAGUGGAUGAAUCCGAUACCAUAUAGUAAUACGAAUUCUGUUUUCAUGGCGAUGUCGCAGUUCACCCAACCUGACAACAUCCAAAUCAAACCUAUUCGAAUUUUUAACCCGGACGCUUAUUGCGAUUUGUGCAACAAGGAGUUUUGUAACAAGUACUUUCUGAAAACCCACAAGGCCAAUAAGCACGGUAUUUACACUGACGUGACAAGCGAACAGCAACUGCCAAACACCGUCAAUAUUCCCACUUUCGCUGCUAGCAACAUGAACAUCAAGUUACCUACCUCCGUGCCAAGUGUAGAAAUUGCCAUUAAAAGCGAACAGAAAACUCCAACAAAUAUUUUGAAUCCAUACAGUGUGGUUUUCCCUUGUUCGUUUCCAAAUAAAUUUCCAAAACCAGUGGCUUCUGAAAAUGAGCCAAGCGAAAUCCAGAAUUUUUCCAUUCCAACUUCCAAUGGACCUUCUUCGUCCAGCGAAAGUGACAAGCUUAUUCCGGAAGAACAAGUGACGGAAACAUGUUCUAGUCCUAUCAACACACAAACCGAAUCUACCUCAACAAAAAAUGAAUCUGACGCUAACAUUAAUAUUUACGACUCUAUAAAGAUCUCUCCUAGUCAAUCUAGUCGGGAAUUAGAUCUCUCCAAUCGCCUUAGAAGAAUAGGCGUAAUGAAUCCUAAAGCUUUCUGUGAAAUAUGUAACAAAGAAUAUUGUAAUAAGUACUUUUUACGCACCCACAAGAUGAAGCGUCAUGGAAUCUACAUCCCGGAUGACAGGGAUCCAAAGAUGGAAGGCAACUCUUGGCCUCCCAGUAUCCAAACCAGUCCUUUGAACCUUAUCAUGACCGAACAGACCCUAGUUCAUGACCGCAAGACCACAUCUCCCAAUGAUAUCAGUUGUGACUUAUGCGGCAUUAAAUUUCAAAAUUCUAGUUUAUCUCAGCUCCAUAACUUUACGGUGCACGGGAAAAUGGCAACAAAGGAAUCUGAUAGUAACCUAAAUGUGACUUUCGGUGAGGAUGCAAAAAAACAGUCGAUACAAGAGAAACCAGUAAAUGCCGAAGCUAUCAGCGAAGAUUUACAAAAAUUGCAAACGAUGAUUCUUCAAUUGAACGACUUGGAUGUAACUAAAGUUUCAACCACUUGCAAUACCUGUAGCAAAGAGUUUGAAAAUCGAUUUUAUUUGCAUGCUCAUAUGGUUACCGAGCAUGGAAUGCUCAUGGAUGACAACACGGAUUUCGAAAAAAACGGAGAUUCAGAAAAUAGUAAUAAUAACACAUUGUGCGAUUUAUGCGGCAAAGACUUACAAAACGCCGAAGAGAUGAAAAAGCAUAUAUUAGAAAUGCAUUCUAACGUAUCCAACAUAACUGUAUCUGAAGCCGGCAAAGAAGAAUACAGUGGCGACUUGACAUCACCCGAUAAAUCCACAAACAGAAUAUUUUUACCUGGUGCAAGUGUUUCAGAGCGUAGAUUGUCCGUUAACGUCACUCCAACAAGCAGCUAUUGCGAAAUAUGUAACAAGGAAUUGUGCAACAAAUACUUUAUGAAAACACACAUGCAAAGAAUGCACGGCAUCGAAAUAGAAAAUGGUGCGCAAAUUGGGGGAGUUGUUUGUGAUAUUUGCAAUAAGGAACUCUGCAGCAAGUAUUUUCUUAGAGUUCAUAAGCACAACACACACGGUAUAGUUGAGUACGGUGCGAGUCUUCUACAGCCGAAAAAAUCCGAAAGCGAGACAACUUCGCAGCCUUCCAUCCCCACUCCCGAACCAGAUCCAGGUUUGAAAUCCAACGAUCUUGCCGACUUAAGUCACAGGUACUUUACGCACUUCACCGAAGUGUGUCCUCUGUGCAGUCGCCGAUUUAGAAGCACUAAGUGGCUUAAAGCACAUUUGGUUGGCGAUCAUGGUCAAGCGGGUCUUGAAAAGUGGUCUGAGGUAGAGCAGCAACUUCUGGGUCAAAAUCCCAAACUCUCUAAAUCAAUCAAGACGGAAAGAGCUAGUCCAAGUCUGAAAAUUCCGAACGGUGGUCAUGAUACGGUACCGAAAAAGGUUGGAAUUCAAAACGUAUUGUCUAGUAUCUUUGGAUCGGAUGAAAUUAACGCCAAAACCUACCAGUGUUCCUAUUGUCCAUUUACAUCACCGCUGUUACCUUUGCUCUUUAUCCACGAAAGAUCCCACGCAAUCAAUGAAAAUGCCCCAAUUAAAUGUCCUGUCUGUCCUCAGUCUUUUUUAGAACGCGAACUUUUUCAGCGACAUGUCUACACCCAGCAUCCAUUUUUACCAUUUCCACCACUCUUUAACGGCCACUCCGAUACGAAUAAAGAAGCAUCGUUUCAAGAUGGCGUCGAAGACGAAGAAAACCUGAAACAAGAAGAUGCAGAAGUUAAUUUUCAACCGGUCAAAGCUACGAAACCCGCACCCAGGAUCAACGUGGCUGAACUUCCGAUGGAGGUGAGCCAAUCUCUCAAAGAUCUGGCCAAGAAAGCUCAGCUGCCAGCCACGUAUGCCUUGCCACAGCAAAAUUCGGAUGCAAGUCAAGAUGACAACUUCUCGGGAGCACCUGGGUAUGUAAUGCAAGCUUUUUUGUUAGAAGAUUCUGCUUCUGAGCGCAGAGUUGUACCAUCUGUCGUUUUUUUGCCGGUGCUUCAAAAACAACCAGCUCCUCUAACGGUUACUUUUACUCUUACCCCGGCCUAACCCCCAUAUUUAGUCUAAUCAAAUAAGAUGAUCUAUCUAAUAGGAAUUUAAUAGCAUGUAGGAAUUUUCAGUGGUAGAAAACCCGGAUAAAUAUUUUAAUGUUGUGAAAUUAUUUUCAAUUUUGUUCUGGUACAUUGAAUAAAUUCACUAAGGAAGGAGCACAUCUACAAAAUUGGUAGAA